CAAUUCCAGGUGAUGGGACCAAGAUCACCAGUCAUUGCCAUGGUAGGGAAAGAGGCUGUGUUCUCCUGCCACCUUAAGCCAGCCAUGGAUGCACAGCACAUGGAGGUGACAUGGCACAAAAAUCAUCAGUCAGGCCUGGUGCACGACUAUAGGAAUGGCCAGGAACACGUGGAGCAGCAGCAACUAGAAUAUUGGGGAAGGACCCAGUUUCUGAAGGGGAACAUCAGCCAAGGGCAGGUGGCCCUGAGGCUCCAGCCCAUCCGGACUUCAGAUGGAGGGGUCUACACAUGUUUAUUUGCAAGCUCCACAGGGUACAAUGAAGCACAGUUCAAGCUGUUAGUCACAGCCUCAGGCCUGGAUCCUCUUAUUCAUGUUGAACCUGGUCCCAGUGGGAGAAUCAAGCUGACCUGCACAUCCCCUGGGUGGUAUCCGGAGGCAGAGGUACAGUGGAGUGGCCCAGGACAACUCCAACUGGAACUUGCCUCAGAGGCAAACUCAGUAGAAGGAGACAGCCUGUUACAUGUGGAGUCCUCUCUCUCAGUAGAGGAAAGUUCCAGAGAACAUGUGACUUGUUCCAUCAGGAACCCUGUCCUCAAUGAGGAGAAGAAGGGCCACGUGUCCCUGGCAGAGACUCUCUCUGAAGAACUUGAGGAACGAAGUUCAAUAGAACAGAUAGAUCUGAAGGAAGCUCGGAGAUAUGCAGGGCCAUCGUUAUAUGACAAGCAUCUGUUGCAGGGCCCCCUAAACUUUGCUGAAUGA